AUGAAGGAUCUUAGAAAUCCUACCAUGCAACGGGUAGCAUCUUUAAUGAAGUUGAAAUUUGACAAAUAUUGGGGGAGCCUUGAUGUUAUGAAUAAGCUUAUAUUUUUGGGCAAUGUGCUAGACACAAGGAUGAAGCUUCAAAUGCUCCAAAUCAGCUUUGACAAUCUCGAGGUAGAUGCUAGAAAGCAAGAUGAGAUUGUGAAGGAGGUUGUAAAGUGUUUGAAUGAAUUGUAUAGUGAGUAUAAAGGAGUUGAGAGUGUUGUGAGCCAAUUUGAUGAGGAUGGGAUUGAUGAUGAGGUUGCACAAAUUGGUGACGAUGUUGAUGUCACAUUUCAACUAAUGCAACAACUUGUGCAAAAGAGGAAGGAUGAGUAA